AUGGCUUUGGCGAUGAGUUUAUUUUACACUUCUAUUUCGUCGUUGAAAGACCAUGCUUCCAGAGCAUCAUCGACCCAAGUUGAACAUGGUCUUUUCAUCGCUGGACUCUUUUCAGUAAUCCUCUACCACACGAGACACCAAGUGCCUAUCUAUCAUCGAAAGUUUCAUAAGAAGAAGAUUUACCUUUACAUCCACAUCGUUACGGGUUUGUCCGAAGCAUUCAAAUACCGAGUGAAAGGAGUGCGCCAAGGACACUCGAAUACUCUCCCCGAUAUCUAUGAUGUGUUAUCAUGUUUGAUUUGGUCUUGGACAAGCUUCGAACUCGUGAAGACGCUGCGCCGAGGCGAUCCUCGAACCACUCGGCCGCCGUAUCAGGUUGCAGCUUCUUUGCGUCCCACCAUCGCGGUUAUCUCUUAUAUUUGGGGAAUACCAAGUCUACACAAAGUUUCGAUUCGCUCACUGGAUAGCUUCCUAUGGGCUCGCUUAGUUAUCUACUUCUUCACUUACAGCCCAUACAUCUCCUCCUUUCGUUCUAGCACAAUAUACGCUAUCUCUAUCCCACUAGCGUCAGCUAUUAGCGUCCACGAAAGCAGAGUUCCCGGAGCAACUUUCAUCUUUGUCCUUGCGACUGCUUUUGUCACGAAGCUCAACUCUUGGACAACACGUCAAUCAGAAUCACUGAGAAAUUGCAACAGUUAUGACAGUUCAUCGAGCAUCUCGGGCUACAAGAAGAAGUUGGUUGCAGUGCUAGUAAGGCUGGGCUUUGUGGAGCUGAAGGAACUACGGAAAGUAGGAACAUUCAGGGAGUUGGAUGAGGAGGUGAGAGAUGAUUAUGUUCCAAACUGA